GUGUCUCUAGUCUGAUUUCCGGAGAGGUCACCAUGUCUAUGUCACACCUGUACGGGAAGGAUGACAACACCGAUGGGGUGGAUAUAGAAAAAUUUGAAAUCACCGAUUGGGACCUGCAGAAUGAAUUCAAUCCCAACCGACGGCGGCAUUGGCAGACCAAGGAGGAAGCCACCUAUGGCAUCUGGGCGGAGCACGACUCUGAUGAUGAGAGGCCCAGCUUUGGUGGCAAGAAGUCCCGCGACUAUACAGCCCCUGUAAAUUUUAUCAGUGCGGGAAUCCGUAAGCCUGCGGCCGAAGAGGAAUCCAAUAGCGAUUCGGAAGAUGAAAUCCCAGCCAAGAGAGAAGAAAUCCCAAAGGAUUUUGAACCAAAGAAGCUGCGAACGGGGGGAAAUUUUAAGCCAACCCAGAAAACAUUUGCUGGAGGGAUAAAGUCAAAUACUGAUUUUGGUUCCUGGGAGAGGCACACCAAGGGGAUUGGUCAGAAACUCCUUCAGAAGAUGGGUUAUGUAGCUGGCAGAGGCCUGGGGAAGAAUGCUCAAGGUAUCAUUGCACCUAUUGAGGCCAAGCAAAGAAAAGGCAAAGGUGCGGUGGGUGCUUAUGGAUCGGAGAGAACGAAACAGUCACUGCAGGAUUUUCCUGUUGUGGAUUCUGAGGAGGACGAAGAGGAGGAAUUCCGGAAAGAGCUAAGUCAGUGGAGGAAAGAACCCGGUGGAGUCAAGAAGAAGCUGAAGUAUACCUACAAGACUGUGGAAGAGCUGAAAGCCAAAGGGAAAGGGGGAAAAGUCAUCGCCACUCCCCACAAAGAAAUAUCUCAAGUCAAGGUAAUUGAUAUGACCGGACGGGAGCAAAAAGUUUACUACAGCUACAGUCAGUUCUCGCACAAGCACGACAUCCCAGGGGACAGCACAGCACCAGGAGGGAAGGAGGAGAAGCCGCAAGGGUUUGUUCUGCCAGAACUAGAGCACAAUCUUCAGCUGCUGAUUGACAUGACGGAGCAGGAGAUCAUCCAGAACGACCGGCAGCUACAGUACGAGAAAGACAUGGUGGUGAACCUGACCCAUGAACUGGAGAAGCUGUCGGAGGUGCUGGGGAGGGAAGAGAAGUCCAUUCAUAAUCUGAGCCAGGUCCUGAAGACUGUGGAGGAGUGCGAACAGAGGCUGCAGCCUGGCUGCGAAAAUCCGCUCACGCUGGACGAAUGCGCGCGUGUUUUCCAGAUGCUGCAGGACAAAUACUAUGAGGAGUACAAGCUGUCUGAGAAGUCUGACCUGGCCGUGGCUCUUGUCUAUCCUCUGGUGAAAGAAUACUUCAAAGACUGGAACCCCCUUAGGGACGCUACAUAUGGCAUUGAUGUCAUGUCAAAGUGGAAGGAUCUCCUGGAGGAAGGUCAUCUUUCCCAUAGUGCACAGGAUGCAACCUUGGACCCGUAUCACAGACUGUUGUGGGAGACGUGGGUUCCCUUUCUGCGAAACAUCAUCUCUCAAUGGCAGCCUAGAAACUGUGCCCCCAUGGUGGACUUCUUGGACAGCUGGGUCUACUUGCUCCCAGUUUGGAUUCUAGACAAUAUAUUAGAUCAGCUGGUUUUCCCCAAAUUGCAGAAGGAGGUGGAGAGUUGGAAUCCCCUGACUGACACGGUACCCAUCCACUCAUGGAUCCACCCCUGGCUCCCAAUGAUGCAGUCUCGGCUAGAGCCUCUGUUCUCCCCGAUCAGGAACAAGCUGGCCAAUGCCCUGCAAAAGUGGCAUCCCAGUGACUCCUCUGCUAAGUUGAUCCUACAACCCUGGAAGGAGGUCUUCACCCCGGGAUCCUGGGAUGCCUUUAUGGUGAAAAACAUUGUGCCCAAGUUAGGCAUGUGUAUGGCGGAAUUCAUCAUUAAUCCUCAUCAGCAGCACAUGGACGUCUUCCUGUGGGUGAUGGAUUGGGAGGGGAUGAGCUCCCUGUCCAGCCUCGUAGGGCUCCUGGAGAAACAUUUCUUCCCUAAAUGGUUGCAGGUGUUGUGUUCCUGGCUCAGCAACAGCCCCAACUAUGAGGAGAUCACCAAGUGGUACCUGGGCUGGAAGUCGAUGUUCUCCGACCAGUUGCUGGCUCACCCAGGUAUCAAGGAGCGCUUCAACGAGGCCUUAGACAUUAUGAACAGAGCUGUGUCCUCCAAUGUCGGAGUAUACAUGCAGCCCGGCGCCCGGGAAAGCAUCGCAUACCUGACUCAGACCGAGAGGAGGAAAGACUUCCAGUACGAGGCCAUGCAGGAGCGGCGAGAAGCAGAGAGCAUCGCGCAGAGAGGCAUCGGGGUCGCCUCAGUGCCCAUGAACUUUAAGGACCUUAUCCAGUCCAAGGCAGAGGAGCACAACAUUGUCUUCAUGCCGCUGAUCGGCAAGAGGCACGAGGGGAAACAACUCUACAACUUCAACCGUAUUGUGAUUUACAUAGACAGAGGGGUGGUGUACGUCCAGGGGGAGAAAACAUGGGUGCCGACUUCUCUGCAGAGUCUCAUAGACAUGGCCAAGUAGACCUUAACGUGAGGCUUCCCAUCAGCACCAAGACAUUGUCCAUAGCUCAGAAAUGGCCUCCCAUCAUGUACAAAGCUCAGAAAUGGCCUCCCAUCAACACCAAGACAUUGUACAAAG